AUGGAUUUGGUAAUGAAACAGCAAAGUCAAAAACAGAUGCAACAGCAAGCUCUUUUGGAUGAUCUUCUGUGGGCAGUGAACCAGCUCAAUGAGGUGUUAGGUCGCAAUAUUACGUUGUUGCGGCGUCAAACGGAGAGCAUUCUCAUGCAACAGAGUGCUUGCAGUAAUAAUGAACAGCUGCAGCUGAAUAAUUUGAUUCGAUCCUGCAAAGAGAAGCGCUCAAGUCGUUCCGGUAAAUAUAUGCUUCUUCCGGAAGCCAAUAUUGAACCGUUUGAGGUGCUUUGCGAGCAGUCAAGUUGGAGUGGAGGUUGGUUGGUGUUCCAGCAACGGAUCGAUGGCAAGGAGGACUUCAACCGAGGUUGGGACGAGUACCGGAAUGGCUUUGGAAGCCUCGAUCACGACUUUUGGAUGGGUUUAGAACGGUUGCAUCAGAUAACCUCCUCGGGAUCGUACGAGAUGCUAGUGGAGCUGAGAGACUUCCUGGGAAACUACGAGUACGCGUGGUACAAGGAGUUCGAGAUUGGUAGCGAAGCUGAGGACUACUUGCUGAAGAAAAUUGUGUUCAAAAGUGGAUCGGCUGGUGAUUCGCUGACCCAACACAAGGGCUUAAAGUUUUUGACCUUUGAUCGGGAUACUGGUGGUAAAAAAAAUUUUGCCGCUGAAUAUGAGGGAGCAUGGUGGAUGCAAGAAGGACAUUUUUCCCAUCUCAAUGGAAGGCGCUUAAUGGAUGCUGGCCCUAAAUCCAUGUUCUGGUAUUCACACAAGGAAAGCGAGGAGGGAAUGGCUGUCUCGCGAAUGAUGAUUCGUGAGAGCGAAUCAGAAGAUAAUGACGAUUAA